AGGUAUCCAAGUAAUUGUGGAGGUUUAAAUGCGCAUGCGUGUUGCGUAGUUCGCGGUUGCGCCAACUGGUAGAGGAUGUUGCUAGCAGCCAGGGUAGAUGCAGAGGCUUUUUCACAACAAUAACACCAACUAAUACUGCAUCCCCACACCUCUGAUUUGAGGAUUACACAUUCCGAACGCUCUCGUAAGAAUCGUUUUGGACUGCGACACACCGACCGUACUUUUCUUUUUUUUGGUUGAAUCUUAUGUUGAUAAUGGGAGCGAAUGGAUUUAAAGAUUUACCAGGCUCCUUUUUGCAGGAGCAGAAACAAGAAUCAUGGCUGGCCAGCUAGGCCGCAGAUGGAUUUUGUAGAGAGGAGCAAGGAAAUAUAGAUCAUACCCUAGUUGUAGUGUAUGUACUUGCGCAUAACAUGUGGUGUUAAGAAGCAAGUCUUCUGGUAGCGCGAUAACAUUUAAAUUCUAAUUCUUUUUCAGACAGCAGCAUAAGUUAGUAAGCUUGCUAGCUUCACAACCUUGACUGGUUGACGUCUUGCCUUCGUUAGCUCCCUUAGCCAGCUAACGAUAGCUAGCGACGCUUGAUUAGCCAUCCGUUAGCAUUUAGAAUUAGACAUUUCCUUCAAGGUUUGCACUGAUUGCCGUGUGCCCCAAGGUACUGGCAUCGGACAUUCAUUUUGGAACGUCUACACUUUGAUGAAUGUGGGACAAAAUGGAGACUCCAACGAUUGUAUACGAUUUGGAUACCUCUGGGGGCUUAAUGGAGCAAAUUCAAACACUACUUGCACCCCCGAAGUCUGAAGAAGUAGAGAAGAGAAGUCGGAAGUUGGUAAGAGACGUCCGGAGGAGCGGGAGGGCCACUAAUCACGACACCUGCGACAGCUGUCGAGAAGGGGGCGAUUUGCUGUGCUGUGACCACUGUCCUGCCGCUUUUCACCUUCAGUGCUGCAACCCACCCCUAAGUGAAGAAAUGCUUCCCCCAGGAGAAUGGAUGUGUCAUCGCUGCAAUGUCAGGAAAAAGAAGCGAGAGCAGAAGUCUGAACAUACCAAUGGUCUACCAGAUAAGUCCUUAUCUAAGCGCUCUUCAUCUCCUGCUGUGGAGCUUGAGCUUAGUCCAGGACCGCUGCGGCUAGAUGGUCUGCCCCCAGGUGCUGGAGCAGCAGGUCCUGGUCUGCGAGUCGCUCAAGUUCGCCUUUUGGACCGUCGAACCAGUAGUAGACCGAGCAGCCGGCCCGGGACUCCGACAUCCAACACUUCAUCCACCCCAACUCCAUCAGAGGAACAGAAUGAUGGAGAAGAAGAGGGGGCUGAGCCUGAGGAUGAUGUUCAGGCAGCAGAUCCGGAAGGUGCUAUGGCUUCGGCUCCAACACCACGCCUCCUCAAGAGGCCCUUUCAACUUCUAAUAGCAGCAGCUAUGGAGAGAAACCCCACACAGUUUCAGCUUCCCAGUGAGCUCACUUGCACCACUGCGCUGCCAGGAAGCAGUAAGCGAAGGAGGAAAGAGGAACUUCUGGGAAAGCCAUUCAGAAGGCCUCAGCAUGAACUGGAUCCCAAUGGUCUUGUUCCUCUACCAGUCAAAGUUUGCUUUGCAUGCAGCAGGAGUUGCAGAUUGGCACCACUGAUCCAAUGCGAUUAUUGUCCACUUCUCUUUCAUAUGGACUGUCUGGAUCCCCCGCUCACCGCUUUACCUGCUGGCAAGUGGAUGUGUCCAAACCAUGUUGAGCACAUAGUGCUAAAUCAAAGGAGCCUGAGUCUGUCGAGGCGCUGUCAGCUCUUUGACCACUUCCAGGACAGGAUGUCCCAGCAUGCUGUUAAAUUGGACUUCCUCCGUAGGGUUCAUUGGCAGAAUGCUCCAAAACGGCGCACUUUGCACCACCAAAACAAGAGGACUAUUAAGGUGCCAGAUGCCAUCAAGUCUCAGUACCAGAAUCCUCCACCUAUGCUGCUUACUGCAGGGAUGCGGCAGCUAGAGCUGGUUUGCAGCGUCGUUCCUGACCAUCAGCCCUCAAAGAACUUCACCACGGAAGCUGAACAGCAGGAGUGGCUUCAAGAUGUCAUUGCACUCCAGUGCAGCAUCAUGCGACACCUAUCCAUAAAACAGAGGGCCGGCUCUACAGUGUCCACAGCAUUAGCAGAGUUGGACUGUGACAUAAAAACCAAUAUAAAAACAUAUGUUACACCUGAGGAAAUGAAAACUACGCUCUCUAUAGGAAGGACUUCUCCCCUUGACUCUGUUUCUAACCGCUGCAGUAUACCAGAAAAAUCUCAAGAGGCCUCUAUUUCCUGGGAAUUACCAGCAGAGUUGGCUGCUUGUAAGUGUAGCACUGUACCAUGUCAGAACUGUAGGAAGUCAAAUGGACCCCUGCCAGAGCUUCAGCCAUCAAAACCCAAUGGACCUGUAGAUUCUAUCAGUGCAUCAGACUCUUGCAGGCAGGCUGAGCUUCAGCACAGAUUUAAGGCUAGUACGACACCACCAAACACUGCUCCUGCCUCAGGGCUAAUGAACCACAUAGGAACAGAAGUUGUUAAAAAGGAGUCUGAGAACCCCAGAGAGAUCUGUGCUCAGAAAAACCGGCCCCCUGCCCCCACGAUACGGCCGCACAGCAGCCAGGUGAACCACAGGAGCCAAACAGAUCUCCAAGAAGAGUUGAUGAGCAGCAAUGAACCCCACCCCUACACAGUCACCAGCAGCUUUCCUAUAGAUACACCACUUGGGGGCAGCCAGGAUGACUCAACAAAGCUGGGUUCACCAAUUUCAGAUAGAAAGACUGGUCCUGGAUUGGUGGACACAGUGAUACCCAGCACUCGCUGUACUUUGGAAAACCUGUCAAUCUGCAUGAGAGAUGGAAGGGAAGAUGGGGGAAUUGAAUUGGACAAGCUUGAUGCGGAGAUGAUAAAGUUGCUGGCUUAUCAAAGGAUUCAACAACUAUUUCCCCCUAAAGUACCCAGUACUCCACCCCUCCCUGGCAUAGGUGCUGCCCCCAAAGUCCAAUCACCAUGUGCUGACAGUCCAAAGAAGGUUCAGGCCAGAGCUGUCUUAUACCCUCUGACAGGAAAAGGAGGAGCCGUUAGUAUGUGCUUCAGGACUUUAUACAUAGGAUCUGGUGCUGACAUGGAUGUGUGCCUUACCAACUACGGUCGCUGCAAUUUUAUAUCGGGGAAACAUGCCUGUAUUUUUUAUGAUGAGAAUACCAAGCAUUAUGAGCUGCUCAACUACAGCGAGCAUGGCACCACAGUGGACAAUGUGCUAUACUCAUGUGACUUCUCUGAGAAAGCCUCACCCUCUGCACCUAGUGGCCUGGUGGCUAAAGUCCAAGGAAUUAUUCGUCGCAGUAAGAAACGUGAACAAGAUCAAGGUCCCAACCCUGUUGUGGGUUUGUUGCCGCUGGGCGGCGUGAUGAGCAGCCAGCCUCAGGGUAGUGUGGAGCCAUCUUGCAGCUGUAAAGCAAGCAGCUCCAGCCUGAUUGGAGGUAGUGGGGCAGGCUGGGAGGGCACAGCCCUUCUCCACCACGGCAGCUACAUCAAACUUGGCUGUCUCCAGUUUGUCUUUAGUAUCACUGAGUUUGCCAGUAAACAUCCUAAACAGGAGGAGACAAUUACGCCCGCUGCCAGUUGCACAAGCACCAUCCCAAUCACCACCUCAACACCACCACCCAACACUGCCCAAAUGAGCAGCCCUUCCAGCCAGGAUGAGGCUGACAUUGACACUGUCCCUUCCCACCAAGUGCCCGUAUUGCGUUCCAACUCCGUUCCAUAACCGGCACAGGAAGCAUACUCUCCCUCCUUUUGUUUUGCACCUUCCAAGUCACAAUGAAGGGAAAACUGCACAGCUGGUUGGUCAACAGGGAUUUUUUUCCUCUUCUUUUAAAAAUGAUUUAUACCUUUGCAUGAACUUGAAGUAUUAUUGACAAUCUCUUGUUUGUGAAUGACUGACAGUAACAUUGAGUUUACUUCAGACCAUUAGGACUUUGAGCAAGCAUUAUUCACCUGCGCUCAAUAUUUCUUUUCGCCAGUAUGUUAGUUUUGUAUGGUGUAACCUUAAUAUGUUAGUCCAUUUAGCACAAUGCUUUUUAUUUUGUAAAAUUGAAUUCCAUACAUUCUAAUUUCUUUUGCUGCUUUUGCACCGCUGGUAGCUGUAUAUGUAUGAAAACAUACAUGCUUACACACUAUAUAUAUAUAUAUAUAUUGUAAAUAUAUACAAUUCAGUUCCUCUCAAUUGGAGAAGCAUUGGAUUUCAUGUAGAUUUACCUUUUUUUGGGGGGGUUUUUAACUGUACAGUCCAUGAAAUUUGUGAUACUGUGUAGAGUACCAGAAGUUUUGUGACUAAAAACUUGUUCUUAGUCUGUACUUUCCACUGUAGUCCAUCUGUAUAUACCAUUAUGGUUUUAGCACUCAUUUUAACAUCAUGUGCUGCUCUGUAUAUUGGCAAUCUUUGUCUUUACCUGCUUGUCUGUUAAACCUGUAAAUACAGAAAGAUUUUUUUACUAAGAAAUUCAGUUUGUGUUCUCUUAAUUUCAGCCUCUGCAGCUUAAGUUACAUUUGAGUGCAAAAUGUCACAACCAGUUUAGUUGUAACAUCACACAGCUGGUAAAAUGAUUGUAGAACUAGAUACUUAUUAAUUUAAACAUAUAUUUUUUAAAAGAUGUCGUUUCUGACGCCAGAUUAAUCUGGUUUUGAGAAAUUAAAAUGUAGCUGAGUCAAACCGGUUCUGUGAUGUGGUGGUAAUUACCAUCGUCUGACAGUAAGAGGGUUAAAUUCCGGCUAGGGCGCUUUGUGGGGAGUUUACAUGUUUACUUUAUGCAUGCAUAGCUUUUCUUUGCGUAAUCUGGUUUGCUCCAACUGCCCCAAAACAUACAUUUUAGGCUAAUUGGUGACUAAAUGGGCCCCCAAAACUUAAAGUACAGUGAGCAUGGUUUAUAUGAAUAACUGCAUGCAUAUUGUUUGUGUACAUUUACUAAACAGAGUCUGUACAUUUAAAAAUUAAAAGCUAUAUUUCUUUUUGGUAUGCCAGUAUGUUUUGCCUUUUAUAACGCACUACAGGAAUUGUAUGAAAAUAGCUUUAUUAUAACCAGAAGAUCAGUAAUUUUACCACAUCUAAAAACAUGCAUACAAGUACAUGCAUGGCUAGGGCGAUUGACUUUAUGGCUUAGGGUUGUUGGUCUUGUUUGUCCCUGGAAAUUCUCCAGUGAUCUGUCUAAAAGUGUAGUGUGCCUGGAUCUGG